AUGCACCUCUACAACCUCACGCUGCAGAAGGGCGGCGGGAUCCAAUGCGCGGUGUACGGCAACUUCUCCGCGCCGAAAGCGCAGGAGAUCGUCGCGUCGCGGAACAAGGUGCUCGAGCUCCUGCGCCCGGACGACGCGGGGAAGAUGCAAACCAUCGUGAGCACGGAGGUGUUCGGCGUCGUGCGAUCGCUCAGCGCGUUCCGUCUCACGGGCGCGAAUCGCGAUUACGUCGUCGUCGGCAGCGACAGCGGGCGCAUCGUGGUGUUAUCGUUCGACAAGGAGAAGAGCGCGUUCGUGAAGGUGCACCAGGAGACGUUCGGGAAGAGCGGCUGUCGACGGAUCGUCCCCGGGCAAUUCCUCGCGGUGGAUCCGAAGGGCCGCGCGGUGAUGAUCGGCGCGAUCGAAAAGUCCAAGAUCGUGUACGUGCUGAAUCGCGACACGAGCGCGAACUUGACCAUCUCGAGCCCGCUCGAGGCGAACAAAUCUCACGUGAUCACGUUCGCGGUGUGCGCGUUAGACUGCGGCUUGGAUAACCCGCAGUUCGCCGCCGUGGAGCUCGACUACGGCGACGCGGAUCAGGAUCCCACGGGCGAGGCUGCCGCCGAGGCGCAGAAGCACCUCGUGUUCUACGAGCUCGAUUUGGGGUUAAACCACGUCGUGCGGAAGUGGAGCGAGGCGAUCGAUAACGGCGCGAAUCAUCUCAUCGCCGUGCCCGGCGGCGGCGACGGCCCCGGCGGAUGCCUGGUGUGCGCGGAAAAUUUCAUAAUCUACAAAAACGAAGGGCACGCGGACGUGCGCGCGGUCAUCCCGCGGCGGUCGUCGCUCUCCGGCGACCGCGGCGUUCUCAUCGUCUCCAGCGCGACGCACCGGACGAAACAGCAGUUUUUCUUCCUCGCGCAGUCGGAGUACGGGGACGUGUACAAGGUCACGGUGGAGUGGACGCCCGGCUCGGAGACGGUGUCCGAGGUGAAGAUCAAGUACUUCGACACCAUCCCCCCGUGCGCGUCGCUGUGCGUCCUCAAGACUGGGUUCCUGUUCGCGGCUUCGGAGUUUUCAAACCACGCGCUGUAUCAGUUCCAAGGCAUCGGCGACGACGACGACGACGUGGAGUCGUCCAGCGCGACGCUGGUGGAGACGGACGAGGGGUACCAGCCGGUGUUUUUCGAGCCGCGCGCGCUCCGCAACUUGCACCCGAUCGACGAGAUCGAGUCGCUGUGCCCGGUCCUCGACGCGCAGUGCCACAACCUCACGUCCGAGGAGACGCCGCAGGUGUACGCGCUGUGCGGCGCUGGGUCGAGGAGCACGCUGCGGGUGUUGCGGCAGGGCGUCGCGUUGAGCGAGAUGGCGGUGUCGCCGCUGCCGGGAAACCCGAACGCGGUGUUCACGGUGAAGAAGAACAUCGCCGACGAGUUCGACGCGUACAUCGUCGUCUCGUUCGUGAACGCGACGCUGGUGCUGUCCAUCGGCGAGACCGUGGAGGAGGUGUCGGACAGCGGGUUCCUCGGGACGACGCCGACGCUCUCCGCGUCGCUUCUCGGCGACGACUCGCUGCUGCAGGCGCACCCGGGCGGGCUGCGGCACGUCCGCGCGGAUAAGCGCAUCAACGAGUGGCGGUGCCCGGGUCGGAAGACGAUCACGCGGGUGGCGUGUAACAACCGUCAGGUGGUCAUCGCGCUGAGCGGCGGGGAGAUCAUCUACUUCGAGCUCGACUCGACCGGGCAGCUGAUGGAGAUCGAGAAGCUCGAGACGAACGGCGACGUCGCGUGCCUGCACGUCGGUCCCGUCCCGGAGGGGUCGCUACGGAACCGGUUCUUAGCCGUCGGUUCGUUCGACAGCACCGUGCGAGUGUUGUCCCUGAGCGCGGACGACUGCCUGCAGACGAUGGGCGUGCAGGCGCUCGCGGCGGCGCCGUGCUCGCUCCUGAUGUUGCAGACGCGCGAGGGUGGUUUGUACCUCAACGUCGGCCUCGCGAACGGCGUGCUUCUCCGCGCGGAGGUGGACCGCGUCACCGGGCAGUUAUCCGACACCAGGGCGCGGUUCUUGGGCGCGCGCCCGCCGAAGCUUCACGGCGCGACGGUCCGGGGGCAGCCCGCGAUGCUCGCGCUGUCGUCGCGUCCGUGGCUCGGGCACGUCGACUUGCAGCGACGGUUCGCGCUCGCGCCGCUGUCGUACGAAGCGCUCGAGCACGCGGCGGACUUUACGUCGGAUCAGUGCCCGGAGGGGGUCGUCGCGGUCGCCGGUUCGACGCUGCGCAUCGUCAGCGUCGAGCGGUUGGGCGACGCGUUCAACCAGACGUCGUGCAAGCUUCGGUACACGCCGCGGCAGCUGACGGUGCAUCCGGACCGCGGGAUCGUCGCGAUCGUCGAGGCGGAUCAGUCUUCCGUGCCGUACGACGAGCGCGCGGGGCCGGAGGGCGUCGCGGGGGAGAAGAAGGUGAAGGAGGAGAGCGCGGCGAAGAUGGAGGGCGUCGAGGGCGGCGGCGUCGAGGACGACGACGACGACGACGACGACGACGAGUUCGCCAUGACCCCCGCGGAACAGUUUGGCGCGCCGAAAGCGCCGCCCGGGUCGUGGGCGUCGUGCCUCCGUAUCGUCCACCCCGCGGACGUCGCGAAGGAGAACGGCGGCGCGAAGCAGGUCAUCGAGAUGACCGGGAACGAGGCUGCGCUGUGCGCGUGCCACGUGUACUUUCCCGUCGCGAACGAGGUGUUCCUCGCCGUCGGCACCGCCGUCGGGCUGACCUUCGCGCCUCGCGACUGCGACGGCGGAUUCGUGCAUCUGUAUCGCUACCUCGAAGACGGCACCGUGACGCUCGUGCACAAGACGCCGCUGGACGGCGUCCCGGGGGCGAUGUGCGGAUUCAAAGGCCGUCUUCUCCUCGGGUGCGGGAACGCGCUGCGGUUGUACGAUUUCGGGAAGAAGAAGCUCCUGCGAAAGGUGGAGAACCGAAACUUCCCAAACUUCAUCACGACGGUGCACGCGUCCGGCGACCGCAUCUACGUCGGCGACGUCCAAGAGAGCUUCCACUUCGUCAAGUACAAACGAGAGGACCUCUCGCUGAUCAUCGUCGCGGACGACGUCCAGCCGCGGCACAUCACCGCGGCGCUGCCGCUCGAUUACGACACGAUGGCGGGCGCGGACAAGUUUGGAAACGUCUUCGUCGCGCGGCUGGCGCAAGACGUCAGCGCCGACAUCGAGGAAGACCCCACGGGCGGGAAGGCGUCCGGCGGGACGCUAAACGGCGCGCCACGGAAGGUGGAACACGUCGCGCAGUUCCACGUCGGCGAGACCGUGUGCGCGCUGACGAAGGGGACGUUACAGGCUGGCGGGUUAGAGUGCAUGCUGUACGCGACGUUGAUGGGCACGGUGGGCGCGUUGAUGCCGUUCACGUCGAGGGCGGAUGUGGAUUUCGCGACGCACCUCGAGAUGCACGUGCGGCAGGAGAACCCGCCGCUGCUGGGGCGCGAUCACAUGGCGUACCGGUCCGCGUACUUCCCGGUGAAGGACGUCGUGGACGGGGAUCUGUGCGAGCAGUACGUCACGCUGCCAGCGGAGACGCAGCGGGCGAUCGCGGAGGAGAUGGAUCGCACCCCGGCGGAGGUGAUGAAGAAGCUCGAGGACUUGAGAGCGAAAAUCGCGUAAGGUCGGUUGGCGGAAGAACCUUUUUUCGCGCGGCGACGCGGUUCUCGAGCUUGGACGGCGCGCGGUGCUCGUUUAGGUUGCGACGAGAGCGAGGGGGAGAGAGGGUGGAGGUAGAUGGCGACUUUUAUAUCAUCGGACUCGAAGAC